ACGGCCUCGCCUCACUCAGCCUCCUCCACAGCUGAUCGAUGCCAGAGUCGCCUACUCGCAAUGGCCGCGCGGUCAGUCUGCGUCCAGUCGCCCCCGCGUAACGCCGUUCUACGUUCCAGGGCGUAGCGAGCCCGAGGGUGGAGAAGGAAGAGCCGUAGACAUGCACGACAUCGAGGCCUUCGGCAAGUACCAGCUGACGAUUUACGGGCUCAUCACUUUACCGCUCAUCCUCUCCGCCGGCUUUACCCUCGACUACGUAUUCACCGCUGGCGAAGUCAAAUACAGGUGCCUCGUCCCAGAAUGUGAAAACGCGAACAGCACGUCGAUCGCGGGUCAGCAGCCAUGGCUGAACAAUUCGCUGUCCGACAAAAACUGCAUGCGCUUCGCUCCGCGAAGUUCGCAAUCAGGCGGCGAUUGUUCGGAUCCGAAUUUCUUCGAUAAGAACGAGACGCGACCGUGCGAAGCAUGGGUCUACGAUCCCGAGGAAGUCACUAUUCACAACGAGUGGGGAAUAACGUGCGACGCCAAUCGUUGGAAGCUCACGCUCGUCGGGACCAUAAACAACGUUGGCCAACUCGUCGGACUGACAUUCGCCUCAACAUUAUCCGAUAAGUAUGGCAGAAGGACGGUACUGACAUCUAUUACCUUCCUUGCGGGCCUUAGCGGCCUCAUACACUCCUUCUCCGUCAAUUACUGGAUGUUUAUCGCAUUUGAAUUCAUCGAUGCCUGCUUUGCCGCCGGAAUUUACAGCUCCGGCUUCAUUUACGCUAUGGAGAUGACUGGCGUAAAAAAAAGAAUUCUGGGCAGUACAGUGAUAUCGUGCAUUUACGCGGUUGGAGAAAUGUGGCUCGGUCUGGCAGCCAUGUGGGUGAAAAAUUGGAGAAUCCUUAUGAGGAUUAUUUAUGGGCCUGGAUUGCUUGUUAUACUACUUAUAUUCAUACUACCUGAAUCCGUCAGAUGGCUUUUGGCUAAUGACAGACGUGACAUGGCUGAAAAAGUCUAUCGUAAGAUGGCUCGUGUGAAUAAGCUCAGCGUCACGGAGGAAACGUUCUUGGAACUUAAGAAUGUAAAUAAUGAAAAGCCCAGUGAGAAGGAAGAGGAGGAGCACGAUAUUAAGGACGAGCGACGUAUCACUCAGAUUCGAAAAAGUCCUAAAAUACUUACGCGCCUACUAAUCUGCUCUUUUUGCUGGUUAACCAACACAUUUGUUUACUAUGGACUUUCGCUAAACUCCACGGAAUUCGCUGGCAACAAAUACAUCAACUUCAUCCUCGUAACCGCUAUCGAGAUACCCGGCAACAUCCUGGUCUUCCCUCUGCUCAACACUAUCGGUCGCAAAGCUACCCUCUGCAGCUCGUUCAUCCUCAGCGGCAUAUUCUGCCUGGCUAUUCAAUUUAUACCCAAAUUGGAAUAUGAUAAUCUCAAUUUUAUAUUGACUUUAACAGGAAUAUGGGCAAAUAUUGCUCUUGUACUUUACGUCUGCGGCAAAGGCUGCAUAACAAUGGCAUUUUCCACUUCGUACGUAUACACGACGGAAUUUUUCCCAACGACACUCAGGCAUUCGUUGCUCGGCAUCUGCAGCAUGACAGGACGCAUUGGCUCGAUUUUAGCACCUCAAACACCUCUGCUGGCGAGAUACAUCUACGAGGGACUGCCGUUGCUACUGUUCGGUAGCAUGAGCCUCACGGCGGGCAUCCUGUCGCUUACCUUCCCCGAGACCCUUGGCACGAAACUGCCGGACACUUUAUUAGAAGCCGAGCAAAUCGGGCUGAAGAAGAAAUCGAAGCAGCCACCGUCGAAUGGCUGCGCGGCUCUGCCCGCCUAAAUAGCUCCAACGGAUAAUCCAACGGCCCCAUCCACUCGCCCAUCCUCGUCCUGCAUAAACAAUGCUAUCA